GGGGGCUUGCAAUUUUUGGAUCGUCGUCCCGUUAUUUGCCGGCCGGACGCCACGUUUUUUCCCCCUGUGACAAAGUCACAAAAGCUGUGAAAGUUGCCCCGCCCGAGCGAGCCAUCCGUCCAUCCGCUGUGUCUUUAGGCCCGGCCCGAGAAGCUGAUCAUCCCUUUCCUCCCCUGCCCGUCUGCCCGGCCGGCCGGCCAGGCAGCCGCACCGAUGGUGACAAUGACGUAUUUUCCCUCUCUGUUUGUCUCCUGCUCCACUUUUGGACUUUUUUUUUUUGUCUGUUUGCAGAUCAGAGAUUCUGGAGAAAAGCCACUUUGUGUAAAUGUUUUUUUUUCUCUCUCUGAUGUUUCAAAUCUUAAAUAAAACUUCUCUUUGAAUUGUGGUCAUUUGAGCUUUUUUUUCUUCUGCUCCUGCUGCGCCUGCCUGCCUGCCCGCCCGUGUCAUUGGCUGCUUUUUUCCUCAGAUUUUCUUAGCUGCAAACAGGGUUACAAGCGAGCAGAGUGGGAAAAUACUCAACUUCAUCAUCUUUGAUAGUAAAGCGUGUGGCAAAACGAGCUUCUUCCUGCCUGACCGCAAAAAAAAAAGUUUGCCAUCCUCACUCACGAAACAAUUUGGCGCACUAGGAUUAGUUUCAUUGUGUGUUAAUUGUGCUUUGCCAAGUUCCCCACUAUGGGGCGCUGUUUGUAAAACAGCACAUGUUGAAAAUGACUGACAUUUUCUCACAUUUAGUGCAGCAUGGUGUUUAAAUCAAGAACUAAACAAUUGAUAUCUUAAAUCUAAAUCUCUAAAUCUAAAUCCUUAAUGUAAAUUUUGAAUCUUAAAUAUAAAUCCUAAAUUUAAAUCUUAUAUUUAAAUGUAAAUCUUAAAUAUAUAUCAUCAAUCUUAAAACGGGUGAAACUAAAUAUUUAGGUAAUAUGCAAACACAGUCUGAGCUGCUCCAACUUUUAUUUUGUUACUUUCGGUCACCAGUCAUGUGAAUUUGCAUAUUAGAUAUAUAUUUAGUUUCACCUGUUUCAAGAUUUAGGAUUUAGAUUUUAACAUUUCCGAUUUAGAUUUAAAUUUAGGAUUUGUAUUCAAGAUUUCCAUUUAAAUUUGAAAUUUAAAUUAAUGAUUUAUAGGGUUAGGAUUUAGAUUUAACAUUUAAAUUUAACAUUUAGAUUAAGGAUUUAUGUGUAAGAUUUAGAUAUACAUUUAAGAUUAAAGAUUUAAAUGAAAUGUUCUGGAUUUAAACAUUUAAGUAAUACUUAUUAUUUUAAAAUAAAUAAGUUGCUAAAUAAUGUUGAAAAUGUGCACACACAAAAAAGAUCAAAAUUUUGGACAACAUUAUAAAAAUCAAUACGACGACUGUGCAAACGUCAAUGAUUUACAGCUUUAACAGUACACUUCAAACAGACAACUUAUUGUUAAAGGCUGCUGUGACAUAAUUACUCAAGACAAUAGUUUACUUCAAGGUUUCAGGUCCAGAGCAUUUUUAAUACAUGCACUGCACGCACACAUGCACACGCCCCCCCAUACACACACAUUAAAGAUAUAUUGCUCUUUUGCCAAUGACACAUUAAUGAUUGCAUGAUUGACACAAAAUAAAGCAAGCACAUACAUAAAAAUAGCUGUGGCCAUUAAACGGUCAUAUUAUAGUUAUAAUUUAUGCUGAAUGCGUUACACUUCAUCAAAGAAAUCACACACAGAUACAAAACAACAGCUCAUACUACUUGCUAGAUCCAGUUCGUGCCCAAUCCACUCAUUAAGUUCAGCCAUUUUGACAAGGUUAGAGCCGCUAUCUGACUCCACCGCGUUCAUUUUAUAGCGUUAGCCGCUAGCGUUAGGCUGAGGCCCGGCUACCAGUAGAAAGCACCCUCUCCUGAAAUCGGGAGAACCAGGGAGGAAAGCGGGAGAAAGGCCGUUUGGAGGCUGCCAAGAGUCAACUUAAUGUCCGGUGAAAGUUUGCCGAAGCUCCCUUAAGCCCGACUCGAAGCGUUAGCCUACCGGGCUUCUGUUUGUUUGAGUUCCUGAUAACGACGUGACUCCAUACGUGAGCACACAGACCGCUUUCUUAAAGGGUAUGACAACACCUGGGGAAAUGCUAAUAUUCCAUCAUUUAUCCAUCAACGCAUGCCUUUUGAAUUCAUAUCAUGCCACUUGGUGUAAUUAUACACAUCGCAACACCAAGAAAAUGAUAGAAAUUAGGUCGAUUGUCAAGCUAAAAGGACCCGCCCCCGAGAUGCCGGAAAUCUAGCAUAUUGUGUGCGUGACGUCACUAUAAGGAAACAACCGGCUGGCUCAGUGCUUAGUACUGAAUGGCGGACAAUUUUGUUUCUAUUUCCAGCGACGAAUCCCACGUAACGAAUAUUCUUCUAAUGGUGACGAGGAGAGUUAUGAACCUUUCUUUGGUGUUUUGGGUUAUCAAUUUGAGCCCAAACGAAAGCCAAUGCAGCCUAAUGAAAGGAUCACUGAGGGGAGCAAUCACACACCGGCCGCCGGCAACAGAAUCACCGAAUGCUCCGCCUCCCUGAAGAGCUGCUGACGACGGCGCCGACCGACCCGCUCCGCAGCCGUCGCCCCUCCCUCCGUGGAUAUUUAACGAGUAUAUUUAUAAGGCUCCGCCUCCCCGAAGAGCUGCUGACGACGGCGCCCGCCGACCCGACCCGCUCCGCCCGCCGUUCCCCCUCGUGGAUAUUUAACGAGUAUAUUUAUAAGGCUCCGCCCCCUCGGCCGCCGCGCCGGCCUCUUCUUCACAUUAGUUGUUCUAGAAACUGGGAUGAGCGAGGCAAUAAAGUGACGCUGACAAACAUCACCUAUGAGAUGUCAUCUUUCAACCAACUCCAGCGUCCGCGCAAAGGAUAUUCCAUUUAUUUUGUAUCACUCUGUUUCCCCCAAAGCGGGAUGGUUUUUGAUGUCAAAUAUCGAGGUACCAAUGGUCUUCUGUUAACGACCGCAACGCGAAGCCUUUGAAGACCGGGUAAAUGGACUCUUUGUGAAUUGAAUCUGCUCGUUUACGGAAUGAAAGGACAACAUUUUUGCUCACGGAUUUUUCCGAGGAAAAGAAGAAGAAAAAAAGGUCACAGGGAGGCGUUCCGGCCUUCCCCGGGAAAGCGGUCAAUGCGCGCUAAUUACUAAUAGUGUAAUCAUUGAUGAGGUGACACUCCUAGAGUAAUUGAUUUGCCCGUUGUGAGUCAAAGUCCACAUAGAUUAUUAUUUACAGAUUGUUAAAGUGCGCCCCCCCCAACCACCUGCGUGGCUCCGCCGCUAACUUUGGAGUAUUUCCUAAAUCAACAUGGCUGCCGCCGGUCAAGACGACAGCAAGAGUCGAGAGGACGUCUCGAGGAGGCGGAGCUGUGAAGCCGGGGCCAAAGACGCCAAUUCGGCGGGCGACAUGAUUUACACCAUCGAGGAUGUGCCGCCCUGGUACCUGUGCGUCUUGCUGGGCCUGCAGCACUACCUGACCUGCUUCAGCGGGACGGUGGCCGUGCCCUUCCUGUUGGCCGAGGCCAUGUGCGUGGGGCGGGACCAGAACGUUGUCAGCCAGCUCAUCGGAACCAUUUUCACCACUGUGGGAAUCACCACGCUGGUGCAGACCACCUUGGGAGUCAGACUUCCUCUGUUUCAAGCGUCGGCUCUGGCUUUCCUGAUUCCCGCACAAGCCAUUCUCAGCUUGGAGCGCUGGACCUGCCCCAGCCAAGAUGAGAUUUACGGCAACCGGAGCCUCCCGCUGGAUACGGCCCACGUUUGGCAGCCUCGCAUCAGAGAGAUCCAGGGCGCCAUCAUGGUGUCCAGCACGGUGGAGGUGGCCAUCGGUCUCCUCGGGCUCCCCGGGGUCCUGCUGGAUUACAUCGGGCCGCUGACCGUCACGCCCACCGUCUCGCUCAUCGGCCUCUCCGUCUUCACCACGGCCGGCGACCGGGCCGGCUCGCACUGGGGCUUCUCGGCGCUGUGCAUCCUCCUCAUCGUGCUGUUCGCUCAGUACCUGCGGACCACCUCGCUUCCUUUCCCGGUCUACAGCAGGACGCGUGGGCUGAGGUUCAGCAGGAUUCACGUCUUCAAGAUGUUUCCCAUCAUCCUGGCCAUCGUGCUGGUGUGGCUCCUGUGCUACAUCUUCACCCUCGGCGACCUCCUGCCCAGCGACCCGAGGGGUUACGGCCACCGGGCCCGCACCGACGCCCGCGGGGACAUCCUGACCUCCGCCCCCUGGUUCAGGGUGCCGUACCCCUGCCAGUGGGGGCCGCCCACGGUGACGUUGGCGGGCGUGCUGGGCAUGUUCAGCGCCACCUUGGCGGGCAUCGUGGAGUCCAUCGGCGACUACUACGCGUGCGCUCGGCUGGCCGGCGCGCCGCCGCCUCCGGUCCACGCCAUCAACAGAGGGAUCUUCAUCGAGGGCAUCUGCUGCAUCCUUGCCGGACUGCUGGGCACGGGUAACGGCUCCACGUCCUCCAGCCCCAACAUCGGAGUGCUGGCCAUCACCAAGGUACUCGCUCGGUGGGGAGGGGCCGGGCCGAGCCGACCCGGCCCGCGGUCACUGUCGGCAUCCAGGUGGGCAGCCGUCGCGUGGUCCAGUACGGCGCCGGCAUCAUGCUGUUGCUGGGAUGCGUGGGAAAGUUCACGGCUCUCUUCGCGUCCUUGCCGGAUCCCAUCCUCGGAGGGAUGUUCUGCACGCUCUUCGGUCCGUCUCUUGGAUUUUUCCCAUCGCGGGGACGCGUGCGCUGACGCCGUCGACCCGCUUUUUAGGGAUGAUCACGGCGGUGGGUCUGUCCAACCUGCAGCUGGUGGACCUCAACUCCUCGCGGAAUCUCUUCGUGCUGGGCUUCUCCAUGUUUUUCGGCCUGACGCUGCCCGCCUACCUGGACGCGCACCCCAAGUGCAUCCGGACUGGCGCGGAGGAGCUGGAUCAGAUCCUGACGGUUCUCCUGUCCACCGAGAUGUUCGUGGGAGGUUUCCUGGCCUUCUGCCUGGACAACACCAUACCGGGGUCGAGAGAGGAGCGCGGGCUGUCGCGAUGGAGAGCCAUGACUUCCUCUUCGUCCUCUACGCCGACCUACGACUUUCCGGCGGGGAUGGCGGUCGUCCGACGGGUCCGCUGGCUCAGGAGACUGCCCGUCAGUCCCACCUUCAGAGGGUGGAGCUCUUCCCGAGAGCCGGCCGGACGAGGGGCGGCGGAGGCGGGGCUUCGCGAGGAAGACGCCGACCUGUCCACCAAAGUUUAACUUCUUAACCCAAAUUUUAAAAUGAAAAAAAUGGAUUUGCUUUGCGUGCGUGCACAAGCGCAAUUUGCUUUCUCUGACCAAUGUCAUGAUAUUUCCAUUGGUGGAAGAUUUGUGUCACCUUUGUCUUUCAAUAUAGUUUCAUUUUCAGAGUUGAUGAUUUUCUUUUGUCUUGCUCUCAAGCAAGUUGAGCGUCGUCACAUUUCUUGCUGUGUUUUGACACAAAAUAGAAUAGAGUGGAAAGCCUGUAUUGUCAUUGUUCAAUGAGCUUCGAAGCUACCCCAGCCACAUAGACCAAAAGUACAAUAAGGCUAAUCCCCCCCGCCCCCCCCAAAAAAACACAAGUUUAGGGCUGCAGCUAUCAAAUAUUUUAGUAAUCCAGUAAUCGACUGAAAAUUCUAUUGAUUACUCUGAUAAAACAUAUUUUUAGGUGAAGAGCAAUUAUAAAUAUACAUGAGAAAAUUUCAUCUAAUAUUGAACCAUUUUCAGUCAAUCAAUGUCUUUAUUUUCCAUGUACAUUGUUGAAAACAGCCAACAAUUGCAUCUCAGAUGUAAAAAAAAAAUAUAUAUAUAUAUAUAUAUAUAUAAAUCUUACCUAAAAAUGCCAUUACGCCUGAUAACACACAUCGCUUAAAGGUUAGGUGUUUUUCCACGUGCUUCAAUUAAAAUAACUUGACACAAAUAGAAAUUUAAGUUCUAGUUAAGUUUUAAGUUAGUCUAAACUGUAAGUCCUGAUAGGAUUUGGAGUUUUUGCAGUGUUCAAAAUAAAUGCAUGACACCUGCUCUAUUGGAACACAUUAGGGACCAGUGCUACUUGGUGUUUUAUCCAGCAAUGACUACUGAGCUAAAAUUGACAGUUAGCAUUAUUAAGUUUUUAUUUUACACCCUCAUCACUCUACAGCGCUGUUUUCACAGAUUAAAUAAAGCCUGUAUGUAAGAGACGUUAGCCACGCAUCGACAGUGGUCAUAAUGAAUAGAAACCUAGCACUUCGCAGGGCUAACGUUACGUUAACAAGGUACAGUAACGUUAAUCUUGUUUAUUCGCGCUGAGAAGUCUACUGCUUUAAGAUGGCGGCUGUUUACAAACGCCGCUGACUCUGUCAUUUCGCAUCUAGUUCAACAUACAUGUGAUCUCUAUGAGACGCAUCAGACGAUACCUGCUACCACCGUAGCAUCAUGCGAGCUAGUUUUUAGCAACGUCGGCAUCGUUUGUAGCGGCUGCAGUAAGUUUUUUGUUGUUUUUUUUUAAAUGCUUCUUCCUCUACGCACGUGACAUCAGAGUGUUGUCCCGCAUUAACAGUAGUCCGGCCAAAAUGUGAUGCUUAGAGCUGUCAAAAAGAAACGAUUACUUGAGGUAAAUAAAAUUACUCGGAUCAGUUUUUAAACUCGAGUUGCUCGAGUAUUCGUUUCAGCUCUACACAAGUUAUAGUCAUAGGCGGAGUUUGACUUUUGGGGCGGGGGGGGGCACAACAUGCUGAUGACCCUACAAUGCAGUGUAAGCAAUAAAAUUAACUUAGGCAAAUUUGAUUUAUUUUAACUUACAACUUAUAUAUAUAUAUAACUUACAAGAAUAUUUAUAAUAAUAAGUUGAAAAUGAGCAUUUUUUUGUAUCCCAUCAUUCUUGAGGGUAAUUCCAAAUCAGGCUGCUUCGACUAUACUUCAUCCAUUGACUAUGGUACGCCCGCCAGUGUCGUGCCAAUGUAGUUACCCCAGUCAAAAAUUGUAUCCCCUGGGCGGAGCUACUGCGCUGCACUGAUUUGCUUGAUUUGAUUUUGUUUUGGUGAUGUCGUUAUCUACGAGGGUUUAAAACAUGGCACAUCCAUAUAAAAACACAUUUUUCUGUCGUACGACAUAGCACGUACUGAAGGUAAAAAAGGCCACGUUCCACAGUUUUACUUGUAGGAUGACCUAUAGCUAUUAAUACUGUAAUUGAAGUCCUGUAUGGAGUUUCUCCAGUUUAAUAAAUGUCGAUGUCCAAAAUAUAUAACUGGUUCUUUUCUGCCUUCAAUUAAUUGUUUAAGUCGACAUAACUCACAACUAAUGUGUAUGUGUGUGUGUGUGUGUGCGCGCUCCCACAGCUAGGGGACACCAUUUUUGACGAGGGUAACUACAUUGGCAAGACACCGAUGGCGGCUCUGUUGUACAAUUAGCGCCUUUAGUAGGGCAAAUUGAAACUCCGCUCACCAUUUUGUCGGUGGCCUUUUUUUGUUUCUUUCAUUCAUUUUUGUUGUUUGUUUUAUUGCUUUACAACUUUUAUGGACAAUAUUUUACCGGUGUAGCGGUAUGAAAUGUUAAGAGUCUCGCUAGCUCGUUUUACUGUGUCCAGCCGCUCGUAACUCUGCUGCUCUCUGUGAGCGCUUGUGAACUCAGCCGGAACGCGCGCGGCUCUUAAGUGUCUGCGUCACGUGACUACGAUGAAGCCAGUAACGCGCUCGGCCAAAUGCACACACAAGUUUCUGUGGGUGAAUUAUGUUAUAUAAUAAAGGGUCACCACACCGGAAAAUGUUCAUUUUAAAAUCAUAUACUGUAUAGGAAACUCAAUUACAUGCAAUGACACUUUUCGGCCACUGGGGGGGGUGGACGGGCCUUUCUGAAAAUCCGCUUUUGGUUACAGUGCGAAAAAAUGAUUAUCAUCAAGUGGUAGUAUAAAAGUUCAUAUAAAAAUCUUCAUAUAAGAAUAGAAGCAUAUAUAAAAAAAUCCGGACCAAAGUGACAAUUUGUCUUCACUUUGGAAAGUGCAAAAAUUGUUUUGGACAAAUGGAAGGACGGUCGCUUACAAAGGCGACGGAGCGUUGUUUUUUUGUAUUUUUUGGGCUCACCCGCUGGUGGCGCCAAUUGAGAACAGAUCGAGAUGAGAAACGCAACGAAGAAGAAGCAGCAGCGUUACGUCGGGGCAAUCGCUGGUAAAAACUGCAAAUGGCUCGAACCACUACAGUGUCAUUAAGCGGAGCUAAGUGCUGCUCCGACGUUCUUGUUUUUUUGGGGGGGGGGCUCCAUAUCGUAAAGC